AUGGCGAAGCCAGAGAGCACUAGCAGAGGCUUAAGGUGGUCCCUCGCCGGAUUCACAGCUCUAGUCACCGGUGGAACACGUGGAAUUGGGCAUGCUGUAGUGGAGGAACUGGCUGAGUUUGGUGCCACAGUGUAUACUUGUUCUAGGAAUCAAGAAGAGCUUAAUAAAUGCUUAAAUGAAUGGAAAAGUAAGGGUUUUUCGGUUCAUGGAUCGGUUUGUGACGCGUCUUCUUCUUCUCAAAGAGAGGAGCUUAUUCGACAAGUGGCCUCUGCUUUCAACGGGAAGCUCAACAUACUUGUAAACAAUGUUGGAACGAAUGUGAGGAAGCCGACAAUUGAGUAUACAACCGAAGAUUAUUCGAAAGUGAUGUCUACUAACUUGGAUUCUGCGUACCAUCUAUGCCAACUGGCGUAUCCUCUUCUCAAAGAAUCUGGAAAUGGAAGCAUUGUGUUUAUUUCCUCGGUUGCAUCUCUCACGAGUGUAGGUUCUGGAACCAUCUAUGCAGCGAGUAAAGCUGCAAUCAAUCAGCUGACGAAAAGUCUUGCUUGUGAAUGGGCAAAAGAUAAUAUAAGGAGCAACUGUGUUGCGCCGUGGUAUACAAAAACACCACUUGUGGAACAUUUAAUUGCUGAUGAAAAGUUUGUGAAUGAAGUACUAUCUCGAACACCAAUAAAGCGAAUAGCAGAAACACAUGAAGUGUCUUCCUUGGUGACUUUCCUUUGCCUGCCAGCUGCUUCCUACAUCACUGGACAGAUUGUUUCUGUUGAUGGAGGAUUUACUGUUAAUGGAUUUCAACCCAGCAUGAGGAUUACCUAA